UAGGCCUCGUUUUGGAAACAAAAUAACCAGCUGCGAAGUGUCAAUUAUCGUUUAUUAAUCGCUUUAGUAAUCAAGUUUUAAGGCAAAAUAAAACAGCAUUGAAGCAAAGAUCGUGUAGAAAAUGGAAGAAUCCGAUAGCGGACAGCAGUCGAAAAGAUGCCCGUGUGGUUUUUGGGGAUCAUCUCAGACAUCUGGACUAUGUUCAAAAUGUUACAAAGCAACAGUUCAGGAAAAGACACAAGAAGGAAUUGAUGCUAAAAGUGAACUGCUAAGAAACCGCCAGACUUCCUAUACAAGCCACGAUGGUGUAGGUGCUACCUCUUCCACAUUUUUGUCUUCAAAUCGCAAUCAAUCCUCUAACUCCACAAUGGAAAAGGCGGAAGAGUUGUUGAGACAAGCAGUUAAAAACUCUAGUGUAGAUAACACAGAAAAAUCUAUGACAACAGAAAAAACUGUGCCUACAACAGUAACAUGUACAACACAGACCAUGGCAAACUCUGUGGAGUGUGAUAGUUCUAAAGACAAUAAAAAAGACUUGAGCGUUGUAAUUGCUCCAUCUACCUCAGAUAAUGGUGCAGCAUCAAAUGAGAAAAAUGAGGCUGUUGUAAAGGACUCUCAACCAUGUACAACAGAAUCAGAAAUAGUAUCUGAUUCGGCCAGUCCAGAUAAACGUGGAGUGAAAAGAGACAGCAGUGCUCUAGAUGAUACAACACCUACUUCAACACCAGAGAAACCCGGCAACAAAAGUAAGAGGAGAUGUAAUGUCUGUAAGUGUAAAUUAGAACUGGCACAGAGAACGAUAGGAAAAUGCAAAUGUGAUAAUGUCUACUGCUCGCUUCAUCGUCUACCUGAACUUCACAAUUGUGACUUUGAUCAUAAAGAAGAUGGACGUAGGGAGGCAAGAGAGAAAAUGGUGAAACCAACACGUCAUCUCGGAAAUACCUUCAAGCGUUUAGAUUCAGAUUCUUGAUGUGAAACAUGUAUAGAAUAAUUCAUAUCGUACAUUAUUUUAGCAAGAUUUGAAGCAUUUAGCAGCAACUUUUUCUAUUCUUUUUUUUAUCGGAGUACUGGUAUCUAGUAUUAUUGUUGAAACGUUUAGUUGUCAUGGAUAACUGGCAAUUUUCAAAUCAUCUGAGCAUAAAUAGAUUGUCUAAUUGAAGUAUGUUAUCAUUGUAACAGGUUUUCUUUGUAAUAACUGUCUUAAAUGUCAAGCAUAUUUAGUGGUAUAUUAACAAUAUUCCAGUCAACUAUAUGUAACAGUGUGCUGGGGAAUAAAUUUAUAAACCAGAUUGAUUUGUUAAUUAAGUCUACAUACAAGACUUUAUGCUGGCAGUUCUUUGUUAUCAACCUGUCUUAGAUAUUUAGAUAUCAUGAAAAAGUUUUCUCACAGGCAAAAUAUUUUUAACUGUUUAUAUAUUUAUUAUGCCCCCCUUUGAAAAAGGAGGGGUAUAUUGUUUUGCAGAUGUCGGUCGGUCGGUCAGUCGGAAUGUAGACCAAUCCGUUUCCGGAUGAUAACUCAAGAACGCUUGGGCCUAGGAUCAUGAAAGUUGAUAGGGAGGUUGGUCAUCACCAGCAGAUGACCCCUAUUGAUUUUGAGGUUUGUAUGUUAAAGGUCAAGGUCACAGUGACCCUGAAUAGUAAAACGGUUUCCGGAUGAUAACUCAAGAACACUUGGGCCUAGGAUCAUGAAAGUUGAUAGGGAGGUUGGUAAUGACCAGCAGAUGACCCCUAUUGAUUUUGAGGUCAGUAUGUUAAAGGUCAAGGUCACAGUGACCCUGAACAGUAAAACGGUUUCCGGAUGAUAACUCAAGAACAUUUGGGCCUAGGAUCCUGAAAGUUGAUAGGGAGGUUGGUAAUGACAAGCAGAUGACCCCUAUUGAUUUUGAGGUCAGUAUGUUAAAGGUCAAGGUCACAGUGACCCUGAACAGUAAAACGGUUUCCGGAUGAUAACUCAAGAACGCUUAGGCCUAGGGUCACGAAAGUUGAUAGGGAGGUUGGUAAUGACUAGCAGAUGACCCCUAUUGAUUUUGAGGUCAGUAUGUCAAAGGUCAAGGUCACAAUGACCAGGAACGUAAAAUGGUUUCCAGGCAAUAACUCAAGAACGCUUGGGCCUAGUGUCAGGAAAAUUGAUAGUUAGGUUGGCCAUGACCAGCAGAUGACCGCUAUUGAUUUUGAGGUCAUUAGGUCAAAGGUCAAGGUUACAUUGGCCAGGAACAGUUAAAUAGUUUCUGAUCUUCUUGUCCAAAACCAUAGGGCCUAGGGCUUUGAUAUUUGGUAUGUAGCAAAAUCUAGUGGUCCUCUACCAAGAUUGUUCAGAUUAUUUCCCUGGGGUCAAAUAUGGCCCCACCCCUAGGGUCACAUGGUUUAUAUAGACUUAUAUAGGAAAAAACUUUGAAAAACCUCUUGUCCAAAACCACAGGGCCUAGGGCUUUGAUAUUUUGAAUAUGAUAUCAUCUAGUGGUCCUCUACUAAGAUUAUUCAAAUUAUUCCCCUAGGGUCAAAUAUGGCUCCGCCCUAGGGGUCACAUGGUUUACAUAUACUUGUAUAGGGAAAAACUUUGAAAAUCUUCUUGUCCAAACCACAAAGACUAUGGCUUUGGUAAUUUGUAAUGUAGCAUCAUUUAGUGGUUCUCUACCAAGUUUGUUCAAGUUAUCCCUCUCGGGUCAAAUAUGGCCCCGCCCCAGAGGUCAUAUGGUUCAUACAGACUUAUACAGGGAAAAACUUAGAAUCUUCAUGUCCAUAACUUACAUCAUUCAAAUUUGGACCACAUGUAUAGUUUUGAGUGGCAAGAUGAACCUUGACAUGAGUUGACCUUGAUCUUAACCUAGUGACCUACUUUCACAUUUCUUUAUCUACAGCCUUCAAGUUUGGAUCACAUGCAUAGGUUUGUGUACUGAAAAAAGCUUUGACCUUGUUAUUGAUUGUCUGAAGGUACAGGCUUCAAAUUUGGACCACUUGCAUAGUUUUGUGUUCCGAAAUGGAAUUUGACCUUGAUUUUGACCUUGUGACCUACUUUCACAUUUCUCGAGCUACAGCCUCCAAAUUUGUAGCACAUGCAUAGUUCUGUCUACCGAAAUGAACUUUACCUUGAAAUUGAUCUAGUGACCUGCUUUCACAUUUCUCAAGCCACCGCUUUCAAUUUUGGACCACAUACACAUUGUUUUAUACCUAAAUGAAAUUUGACCUUGAUUUUGACCUUGAGCUAGUCUUGAAAUUUGGAACAUUCAAAAAUGGCUCAGUGGAUGGCGCCAAGAUCAAUCUGUAAUCUCUUGUUAGGUUAAUAGGUUAAAGGUCAAGGUCAGAUUAAACCAGAAUGGUAGGACUUUUGUUUACAGUGAGCAUAUAAUCUCUGUUCCUUGUGCAAUUACUGAAUGCAUCAAGGGGGGCAUUUCGUGUUCGACGAGCUCUUGUUUAUAUUUGAAUCUAGGAAAUUCAUACAUGGUUUUGCAAUGGAUGUUAGAAAAUUGGAAUGUAAAAUGUUGAAAAAAUUGCCAUACCAUAAUUACAAGUUUGCCAAUUUCUGGAAUGUGAUUAAGUUAAUAAUUUUAGUGUUUCUGCCUCACAUUGUUUUAUUUUGAAGAAAAAAGCCAGUAUCAUGUAUUCAAAUUUUACAGUUGCUUGUUUGACUUUUAGUAUGAAAAUAUAUGCUUACUUGUAUUUGAAGGACACUUCAAAGAAAAGUAAGAUACUGCAUCAUUAA